GCGAUGGAAAUUGCUUGUUCAGAUGUUUGUCUUAUUUUUUUUCAUAUUAAAAAUUUUUUAAUAUUGUUUUUAUUCUCAGUUAUUGUCAAUGAAGAUACAAAAAAUGUAUGCGUCAGUCCAAAACUAACAGCGUCAAAAGUGAAACUUUUUAUGUAAUUCAAAAACUGUCAAUGAGUGUACAAAAAAAUACAUUGCAGCAAAGAAAAAUUGACUGGAAAUUAUAAUAAAAAUGGUUUAUAAUAAAAAUCAAGAAAAAUCUACAGACUAUCCCGAAUUAAUUACUACGAAAGUUUUACUCUUUUUACCAUGGAAGAAAUUCGUCAUUCUCAGCAAACAGGCACAAAUUCUUUACCUCAUAGUGUGCCAAUAAUUUUCAAUCAUUCAGCAUCAACAAAUAAUACCCAUCGACGAGGAAGAGCAAAAGGAACAAUGCAUGCCUUAAUGUCUGAAGCUUUACCGCUAGAUGAAGCCGCAAGAUUAGAAAUGAAAUUACUACCAACCAAAACUCCUGUCUCCGUUCUUCAAGAAUUAUUAUCACGAAGAGGUACAACCCCUAAAUAUGAACUUGUGCAAAUUGAAGGCGCAGUUCAUGAGCCAACUUUUCGUUACCGAGUAACUGUUGCUGAUGUUGUUGAUCCAAUUGUUUCAGCUAUGGGGACCGGUAGGUCCAAAAAAGACGCUAAACAUGCUGCUGCCAAGGCUGUUUUGGAUAAAUUAAUUGGUGUCAGUAAUCCUGAAAAUAAUACAACAGAUGCACCAAUAAUGAAUAAUAUGGUCGAUUCGCAAAAUGUACAACAAGAUGUAACAGGAAAUUAUGGCGAAGAUAAAGUUAUUAAUAAUCCUAUUGGAUCUCUUCAAGAAAUGUGUAUGUCAAGACAUUGGCCACCACCAAAAUAUACUAUGGAAGGUGAAGCAGGUCUUCCACACGAAAGACAAUUUACAAUUGUAUGUUCGAUGCUUAAAUAUAAACAAGUUGGACAAGGCAAAAGUAAAAAAUUAGCAAAACGUCAGGCAGCUCAUAAAAUGUGGCAAGCUUUACGAGAUGCAACAGAUCAAACUUCCGUUUCCAGCUGUGGUGGUAGCGGUUUAGAUGAAGAUGAGAUUGAGCGGAAUGUAAUAAAUAUAACAGCUCGAUAUGCAUCUUUAAAAGAUAGUAAAAUAUCAACACUUACUACACCUCAUAGUCACAAAGUAUCACAAUUUCAUAAAAAUCUUAAGUCUUCCGCCGGCUUGAAAUUGUCUGAAUUGCAGAAUACCUGCUUGAAUGAUGGUGUGGUAAAUUUGGUACAAUUCUUACAAGAAAUUGCAUCUGAACAAUUGUUCGAAGUCACAUAUGUAGACAUUGAAGAAAAAUCUAUAAGUGGCAAAUGUCAGUGCCUUGUGCAGUUGUCAACUUUACCAGUAGCAGUAUGUUAUGGCUGUGGUAUUACUAGUAAAGAUGCUCAAGCAAGCGCAGCGCAAAAUGCUUUAGAAUAUCUAAAAAUCAUGACAAAAAAGUAAAUUUAUGAGCAUAGGAACAUUUGUUUUAUAAAAGUCAUCAUUUCUGUCGGAAUUAAAUACAAUAGUGUCAUUAUUACAAAUAACUAUCACUGCUUAGUAAAUGAUGUAAUUAUUAUUGUGAACAACGGUAAUGAUAAUAAUAAUAAUAAUAAUAAUUAUAACACUAAUAAAAAUAAGACUCUCCUUAGAGAUAAGAAUAUAAACAUUGAAUAUUAUAAUAACAAUCGAUAAUUAAAUUACAUGAGUUCUCUAAUUUUUUAACCAAUUUGUUCCUCUAGAGCAUAUAUUAUCUCGUCAUCUAUAUGUAGCUGAAGGAGAAAACAGUGUUAUAAAUGGCUUGUAGAUUUGGAGAAUCGAUUUUAUUUCAUGUAUUAUAUUUAAGAUUGAAAAAAAUGCCUCUUUCUUUUAUUUGAUAUUAUAGAAUACUUAAAUUAAAGUGUCAAUAGAACUUUUA